UCCCGCCACUAUCAAAAUACAGACUGGUGCUAUCACGUCCUGCUGCCUGAGACACUUGCUCAUUUGUCCCAGUCAUCCCGAUCACCGGCGGGCCCGGGCGGCUACCAGCAGCCCUCCCACGGUCAGCGUAGCUACGGACUGCGGCACGAUGUCAUUGCCAUCGCGCAAACUGCCCCUGAGGCCGGUGAUUUACAGCUCUGCCUCAUCCCACGGGGUGGUGUCAGCGGUAAACCGAUUCAUCCCAUGCAGCCUUUGCCCAUCACCUUGUGGGAUCAAGGACGGACCGUCUGCGAAGAUUACCUACAUGGUUUCAAUACAACGUUUCAGACUAUGGUAGAGGUAGUGGGAAAAUCUGUUUCCAGACAUGCACAUGCACAUGCGUUGUGGUUGUUGGACAAUAAUCACAAUUAA